AUGGAAGUAAGUACCAUGUUAUGUUUUUUGUUUAGUUCUAUUCUCUUCAUUGUUCUUUUCAGAAUAUUCAUCAAACAAUUUGUCUCCAAAAGACAACACUUGCCACUUCCACCUGGUUCAAUGGGUUAUCCUUACAUAGGAGAAACUUUUCAACUUUAUUCUCAAGACCCAAAUGUUUUCUUUGCAUCAAAAAUCAAAAGGUAUGGUUCUAUGUUCAAGUCUCACAUUUUGGGGUGUCCUUGUGUCAUGAUUUCAAGCCCUGAAGCUGCUAAAUUUGUGUUGAAUAAAGCUCAACUUUUCAAGCCAACAUUUCCAGCUAGCAAAGAGAGGAUGUUGGGAAAACAAGCUAUCUUUUUUCAUCAAGGAGAGUAUCAUGCUAACUUGAGAAGACUUGUUCUUCGAACUUUCAUGCCGGAAGCUAUCAAGAAUAUUGUUCCUGACAUUGAAUCCAUUGCUGAGGAUUCUCUUAAGUCAAUGGAAGGACGUUUAAUCACCACUUUCCUUGAAAUGAAAACGUUCACAUUCAAUGUUGCUCUACUUUCAAUUUUCGGAAAAGAUGAAAUUCACUACAGAGAGCGUUUGAAGCAGUGUUACUACACACUUGAGAAAGGUUACAAUUCAAUGCCGAUAAACCUUCCAGGAACACUCUUUCACAAAGCUAUGAAAGCAAGGAAAGAGCUAGCACAGAUCUUGGCUGAGAUAAUCUCAAGUAGGAGAGAGAAGAAACAAGAUUUCAAAGACUUGUUAGGUUCAUUCAUGGAUGAAAAAUCAGGACUCAGUGAUGAACAGAUAGCAGAUAAUGUGAUUGGAGUUAUUUUUGCAGCUCGUGAUACCACAGCUAGUGUGCUUACAUGGAUUGUGAAGUACCUUGGUGAAAAUAUCAAUGUUCUUGAAUCAGUGAUUGAGGAACAAGAAUAUAUAUUGAGGAACAAGGAAGAAAAUGGUGAAGAAAAAGGUCUUAAAUGGGAAGAUACUAAGAAGAUGGUUAUAACUUCUAGGGUUAUUCAAGAGACUCUUAGAGUUGCUUCAAUUUUGUCUUUCACUUUUAGAGAAGCCGUUGAAGAUGUUGAAUAUCAAGGGUAUCUUAUACCAAAAGGGUGGAAAGUAUUGCCUUUAUUUAGGAAUAUACACCAUAGUCCAAACAACUUUAAGGAUCCAGAAAAGUUUGAUCCUUCAAGAUUUGAGACUGCUACAAAACCCAAUACUUUUAUGCCAUUUGGAAGUGGAGUCCAUGCAUGUCCCGGCAAUGAAUUAGCCAAGUUGGAGAUUUUGGUCCUUUUACAUCAUCUCACCACAAAAUACAGGUGGUCUGUGGAAGGUACAAAGGAUGGGAUUCAAUAUGGUCCCUUUGCUCUUCCCCAAAAUGGAUUGCCCAUCACACUAUAUCCAAAAAAAUAG